AUGGAUAAUUGUAUGAAAACCGAAUGUUUAGAUCAAUCUGCUUGCUUCUCUGAUAACUGUAAUAUAUUUGAUCAAAAUUUUGUUCGUGAGAUUCAAACGCUAACUGACAAAUGUGAAAAAAAUAAUUUUGGAAACAUGUAUUUGUUAUCAGAAGAGAACGAUCAAAAUAUUAAAACGCAGCACUUAGAUUCUAAGGAAUUUGUUAAGAAUCAGGAAAGUCUAACAAAGACUAUCAAAAAAGAAUGCGAAGAGCUUAAGUAUGGGGUUACACCCGAUCAAAAUUUUUGUUCAAGUUCUGUGAUCACUAAAUAUCCGUGUGAAAAUGAAUUACUGCCAGAAUGCAAAAAUAAAAAUAUUGAUUCUUGUGAAAUACAACAAUUGUUGCGUGAAAUUGAGGAAUGCUGUUGUUCAAAAGAGCCAUGCGAUCCAACCAACAAAUUAUUGGAGCGAUCGAAAACUACUAUUUGCUGUUUAACUAAAGAAAUUGAAAUACAUAGUUUAGCAUCAAAACAUAAUCAAGAGAACCUUAUUUGUUGCUCUGAAAGACUAAAAAAAGAACAAGAGUUAUUCAAAAAUAAAGAGUCUGAAUUAUGCAGCAUGAAAAUAGAUUUAUCUUUACUGGCAGAACAACUUGAACAAAUCAAUAAACAUAAUAAUUUUUUAAGUUGUAAUAUCGAUGAAGUUUCAGAAGAUUUGUUGUUAAAAACAAUGGCAUAUAAUGAUCUAUUGAAGAAAUCAGACGAGAUGAAAGAAGAAUUGAACAAUGUGAAAUUCUGUUUAAACAUGAGGAUUGACGAAAAUAAAUGUAUUAAAAGGAAAUUAAGUGAAAAAUAUCAAAUUAUUGAAGCUGGAAUUAUAAUUAAACAAGAGCUCGAAUUUAAAUUAACCAAUUUGGAAAACAAAUUGGGAAAAUUAGAAAAGUUAAAUUAUAGUUGUAACAAAAAAUGUAACGAUUUAAUCAUACAAAAUUGUUAUCUUGAAAAUGAUUUAAAGAAUGAAAAAAAUUAUAACUGUAAGAAAGCUAUUUAUAUCGAUGACUUAAGCAAACAAAUAUAUAAUUUGGAAACCGUAAUAAAGGGUAUCGAAGGUCACAAAAUGUUAUAUACGGAGGAAAUUUCCAAACUUAAGAAUGAGAAAUGUGAAGCAGAACAAAAAAUUAAUGAAUUAAAUAGCACGAUUAAAACACAAAAAAGUGAAUUAGUGAUUACCCGAUCUGAACUUGCUGAUGCCGAAAAAUAUCUAAAAAAUAAAAUUGAUUGUCAGAUUCAAAAAAUUCAACAACUAGAACAUGAUUGUGAAAACUUUGAAAAAGAAGUGCAAUUUCAUAAAAUUCAAAAUGAAGUUUUAACAAAUAAAUGUUUAUUAAGCGAUAAAGAUCUAUCAGAAUCACAAAAGAUUAUUAAAAUAUUGGAAAUUAAAAUAAACGCAAUUUCGAAAGAACGUGACAUGAUAUGCGACGAUUUAUCUAAGGAAUGCGAUAAUCUGAGAAACGAAAAAUGUAAAUUGUCAGAAAACAUCAACGAAUUAAAUGAAAAGAUUAUAUGUGUCAAUAAUAAAGAAUGUCAGGCGCGAAAUGAGUUAGCUACAUGCAACGAAAAACUAUCGAUUGCAAACGAUGAAAUAAGCAAUCUUCAUUUAGAGAUAAAAUGUAUAAAUACGAAAUUAGAAAAAGCGACUGACAAACUAACAUGUAUUGAACAUGAACUAGAAGAGACCAAGUUGAAACUAAGAAAAGAAACGUAUCUGAAAGAGAAAAUCAAUGAAAAAUACUGUAGUAUAAAAUAUGAAUGUACAUGUCCCCAGGAAAAAUGUCAGAUCGCUGAUCAUAACAGGCUCAGUGAUGACGAUAUUGUUUCAUGUAACAUUGAGAGCAAUGUUGAAGAGGGCAUACAGACAAUACAUUUGAAACUAGUUGACGUUGGUUCACAAACAUAUAUGUGUCCGUUUAGAUGUCAACCUUCAACAACAUCAACAAAUUGUGACUCAAAAUUUCACACCAUUCCAAGAAAUUAUUAUCCAUGCAAAUUGGAACAGUGUGACUUAAUUAUAAAUAACCCAAGAUCGUGUGACAACUUCAUUAGCUCAUGUGAUUCCGAUAAAAUUAGCAUUAACCCAUGCCAGAUGAAUCAAAAGAAAACGUCUAUUUGUGUUAACCCGUCUGAUGACUAUUCUUGUUCUGGAGAAUCAAAAAACACAGCAAAAUAUUUUGGUUUUUUGUUUGACAAAGAAAAUCUUCAAUGUCAACUAAAUGAAAUGAAACUACUGUUUAAAAAAAAAGAAAAGGCUGCAAGGAAAGAGUUAUGUGACACUGAACAGCUAUAUUACAAUAAAGAAACGAUAAUAAACAAAUGUCUGGAUGACACAAAGGAACAAUUUCAAAAGAAAUUAGAUGAAGCUAAUGCUCAGUUAGAAAAGUAUGAAACAGCAAUACUGUACAAAGAAUAUGAAUUGAAAAACUCCCAAAUACGAGAACACCAAUAUAAAAUGGCAAUUGAGCAACUUAAUGAAACUAUACAAGUAAAGGAUAAAAUAAUUGAAAGUGAACAAAAACAAAAAGUUUCUGCAAGUGAUAGUAUGAAAGAUAAGGAAAAAUUUAAUGGGAAUCAGUCUGAUGAAAAUCUACAGUUAAUCACUGAUGACUAUAAUGUUCAACAUGAAAUGGAUUCUGAAAUGGACCAUAAAUUAAAAACAUCUCAAACAUGUAAAAAGAAACAGCGAUUUUCGACCAAAAAAAACGUUUCCAAAAAUUCUUGCGCAUUGAAAAUGUCAAAGACAGUAACCAAAAGAAACAAAUAUGGUCCUAAAUUAAAUUUACCUUGUUGUAUUGGAUCGAAAAAUCCUUGUAACAGACAAAAGAGCCUAAACCUAUCCCAGAAGUAUUAAUAAAAAGCUGGGUGCGGAGUUUCGAUAAUCAAUUCGGAAAAGUCAGAAAUGGUGUCAGGGGGAUAAAAGGAGAGUUAUCACAAAAAUGUAGGUACUGAAAGUGGAAGAUAACAAAAUUAUUUUACAUUAUUGACUACG